AUCGGACAGAUGUUUUUUAAAGCCUCUAUAAUAAACCUCGAAGUCAUUCAUAACUGUCCUGUGCGCGAUCCCGUGUCCAAGCCUGUAAGUCGGAUUCGGUUCCACUCGGUAUUACAAUAGGGUAUAAAUACCAGGGACGUCAAACUUCCUUCUCUACACGCUUCAAUCGAUCAGAUCUUCCUGCGUUCAGCCUGCGUUUAUGACUGGGAUAUUUGGCACAGCUGAAAGUGCUAGUGUAUCUUUUUAAUUAGCAUCACAGAAACUCAACAGGUCUUCGUUUAACGUGAAUAACUAACUUGUGUGCAAAGAUGCGUCGCUGGAUAUGGUUGUUUUUGGCCGGUGAGUUGGUUAUGUUACGCGUAAAAGGCAUGGCUUUGCAGAAAGCUGCGUACUCGCACGCAGGUCUGUGUCCUAACGAUGUGAACCCCAACCUGUGGGUGGACGCAAUGAGCACCUGCACCCGCGAGUGCGACACCGACCAGGAAUGCGAGGCAUUUGAAAAGUGCUGCUCAAAUGUUUGUGGGAGCAGGAGCUGUGUAGCUGCCCGCUAUAUGGAUGCGACAGCGAAGAAGGGAACUGGCAGCAUAUCCAAUGAGGCAUCCUGUGACAAGUUUAUGUGCACUCAGCAGGGCUCCGAGUGCCACAUCUGGAAUGGGCAACCCACAUGCAAGUGCAGAGAUCGCUGUGAAAAGGAGCCACAUUUCACCUGUGCUUCUGACGGGAUGACCUACUACAACAAGUGUUACAUGGAUGCUGAAGCCUGCUCCAAAGGCAUCUCCCUGUCUGUAGUCACCUGCAGGUCCCACCCUGUAAACACUAGUCCUCUACCUCCAGGAACCACUGCCCUCCCAACGACCACCUUACUGCUCACCACCCUACUAGAGGUGCAGCCUCCAGUCAUAACUGGGAGCCCAGUGGAACAGUCGGUGUUUGUGGGCGAUACAGCCAGCUUCUCAUGUGAUGUGAGUGGUUGGCCAAAACCUGAGAUCACCUGGGAGAAACAGCUGGAGGGAAAAGAGAACAUUGUUAUGAAACCCAAUCAUGUGCUGGGAAAUGUGGUUGUGACUAAUGUUGGACAGCUAGUGAUUUACAGCACACAGCUAGAUGACAUAGGUGUCUACACCUGCACAGCUACAAACUCAGGUGGUUCAAUCCAAGCCCAUUUUCCACUCUCUGUGAAACAGAGAGACCCAGCUGAGGAGGAGAAGCCAAAGAACCUGUCUCCUUUCCCUGCUGAGGAGUGCAUGAAGGAGCCAGACACUGGUGACUGUGGUGGGGAAAAGCUGAGUUGGUACUAUGACAGCAAGCGGAACAGCUGCUUCACAUUCACCUACCGUAACUGCAAUCAGAACCAGAACCACUUUAACACCUUUGACUCCUGCAUGCUGUCCUGCCAGGCUGAACUGCCUGCCCCAUGUGGUCUUCCCAGCCUUCAGGGCCCCUGUAAGUUCUAUAAGCCACGCUGGGCUUACAGCAGCACCUUUAAUCAGUGCCAACCCUUCAUUUAUGGGGGUUGUGGAGGCAAUGACAAUAACUUUGAAACCAAAGAGGCAUGCGAGGACUUGUGCCCAUAUCCAAAGAACCAUCGCUGCAAGCCAUGCAAAUCGCAGCACAAGAUGGUGUCCAGCUUUUGCAAAAGUGACUUUGUGAUAUUGGGACACAUGACAGAGCUGACAGAAGAGGAAGGCUUAGGCCGGGCACAAAUCAAUGUGGAUGAGAUUCUUAAGGAUGAGAAGAUGGGGCUUAAGUUCAUGCAGAAUGAACCCUUGGAGGUGACAUUGCAGAACAUGGACUGGAACUGCCCGUGUCCCAACGUCACUACCUCAGACGGUCAGAUCAUCAUCAUGGGUGAUGUGUACAACGGAAUGGCCGUGCUCCAGCCAGACAGCUUUGUCAGCCAGUUCAGUGUGCGACGGCUCCGCAGGCUGCGCGAGGUGAUCAAUAAAAACACAUGCGAAAUUCUGAAAGAGUUCAGGGAAUAGGGCAGUCCUCUUAGCCCAAGAUGACUGCUAUUCUUUUGAAAACUCAAAUGACCAAUGACUUUUAUCAAUGUAAAAACUAUGCAAAGUAAAUGAUGAUUUUUUUUCCUUCGGUUUCUUUACUUACUAUACUGUUGAUUUAAUUUUCUUUCUUUUUUUCCCUUUGUUUAUUAUAUACAAUACUCUUGUAUAUGAGUAGUGAGUCAUCUAACAUCCACAAAAUUCCAGGCCAGUUAAGAUGUUUGCUUUGACAAGGUUGUAUAUACAGUACGAGACACAGCUGUUCACCCAUGAGACAGUGUCAACUUUCAACGUCUUCAUAGGAAACCUGCUAAAAUGCCUCUUAGGUUAAAGUGAAAGAACACAUUUGUAGGCAUAGGAAGCAUUAAUCAGACCCAUCUGGUAGGCCAAAUCCCAGCACACACACACUGUACUCUUGCUUCAAAAGGAACAUCAUGCCUACCUUAUAAAUUCAAAGUGGUUCAUUCAAGGAUGAUUAAUUUCUUGCCUGAUGCUCUACUUUAUCACUGGAGGUUAAGGACAUGUCUCAAUAAAACUGUUGUAAUAUACUGUAGGAUACACAGGAAUAAGUUGUAUUAUAUUUACUCUGAAGUUCUGUUUUAAAGCUUGUUAAAACAGAUAUAUCUGGAUUCUAUACCACUCGCAUUUCUGUUACGAUGAACGUUUGAUGUACAGGUAGAAUUUUUAGCGAGGACAAUCUUGAAGUGAUUUCGUUUUCCUUUAUUUAUUUUAAUGUAUUUUGUUCCCACCUAACAUUAUCAUUUUCUGUAAGCAUGUCCGUAUUUUUUAAGUAAUUUGAAAUCAUAUUUGUAAAGAUGUCAA